AUGGGGCAGCAGCUCUGCGAGAUGCACCGCACGCGCCGCCGCGCCCGCAUCAUCGCUACCGCCCUCCUCGUCGCCUCCGUCGCUACCGCCACCGUGCUCGUGGUGUACCUCGUCUUCCGUCCGCUGAAGCCGCAGGCCUCCGUGGUGCGCGCCGCCGUGUACCGCAUGGCCGCGACCGCCGGAAACUCCUCGGAAGGGAGGGGUCCGCCAUACACGCUCGCGGCGAGCGUGCGAUUCACGACGCUGCUGCACAACCCGAGCGACCGCGCCACGGUAUUCUACGACAGCCUCUUUGCCUACGUGACGUAUCGCGGGGAGAUGGUGGCGCCCCCCGUGCCGCUGCCCGGGACGGUCCAGGAGCGCGGUGCCGACGUGGCGCUGUCGCCGCGUUUCGGUCUUGGCGGCGCGGUGCCCGUGCCGGUUUCGGCAGACACGGCGCAGGCGCUGGAGGGCGACUGUGCGGCACACCGCGUCGAGCUCCGCCUCGUCGUCAUGGGCCGGGUCAAGUACAGGAGCGGGCCAUUGAUGACCGGGUGGCGCGGGCUGUACCUGCGCUGUGAUGCGACCGUCGGCCUCGGGGUGGACGCCACCGUGGGCGGGGACGAAGCCGGGGACGUGCCACUUCUCGAGUACCCCAAGUGCUCCGUCGACGCUUGA